AUGCCAUCGGGGAAGCUCUGGAGCGUCCUGGGGCUCUGCCUCUUAUCCGUUGGCGCUUGGGGGCAAGAAGAGAAUAAAGACAGUGACUCUUCACCUUCUCCAAAGACAUUUAAAGUCUCCAUCUCCGGAACCAGUGUGGAAUUGACAUGUCCUGAGGAACCUGAUUCUGAGCAAAUAAAAUGGGAAAAAGAUGGCGUAGAAAAAAAAAAUCAUCACGAGGAACAGCUGUUAAUAGACAAUUUCUCCGAAAUGAAAGACAGUGGUCAUUACAGCUGCUACAAAGAGAGUGGCAAUCGCCACUACCUCUACCUGAAAGCAAGAGUGUGUGAGAACUGCAUGGAGGUGGACGUAAUGGUCGUGGCCGGCAUCGUCGUGGCCGACGUGUGCCUCACGCUGGGCGUGCUGCUGCUGGUGUACCGCUGGAGCAAGAGCAGGAAGGCCAAGGCCAAGCCGGUGGCCAGAGGCGGGGGUGGCGGCCGGCCCGGCGGACAAAACAAGGAGAGGCCGCCACCGGUGCCCAACCCCGACUAUGAGCCCAUCAGGAAAGGCCAGAGGGACCUGUACUCCGGACUGAACCAGAGAGGCAUCUGA